GUGUAAAUGGUCAAUGCUAUCGGAGGUGCCGACGCCGGGCGCCGGGGUCGAGCGCGCUGAGGGAGAAGGAGGAGGAGUAGAUUCCCGGAGGGAGAGGGUCCUGUUGGAAUUCUCCAGGUGUGCGGGACCGAUGCGCGGUCCCGACUGAGUCCAGACGCACACCUCAGCCGGGGCGGAGGCACCUCAGGAUGGAGUCCCCCUCUGCCGAUGGACCCGCUUCCGGACUCGGCUGUCCCGGGCGCUGAGGACCAGACUGUCCAGAAUGCCGGCUGCGCGCUGCGUCUCCCGUCUGCUCAUCUUGUCGUUUCUCACUCGCCUCGCCCAGGUUGGUGCUGAGCCCAGGGGGCUAGAGGAGCCUGUCUGCCUCGGUCAGUGCCCCGUCACGCCGCACAUUGCCACGGUGAAGCCGAGUGGUGACCGGGUCGGGAGUUCCCGCGCUCGGGAGGCGCUCAGUCAAGGGUCGAAGUGCAAGUGCAUCUGCAGCAUUGAGCCAAGCGGGACGGUGGGCGAGCAGCGGAAAGCCAGGCCCCCGGCACCAACGCUGGACCUGGUCUCAAUCCAAGCAAUGGCUGCCAACCUUCAGGGCAUCCUGGACCACGCGGAGACCAAGAGACUCAAUGCCUUUUCUGCCAAGCUGACUGGGCAGCUGAGGAAGCUUGAGAAGAGACUGGAUCGGAACAAACCCAGUGUCUGCACGCAGCUGAGAGAGACCUUAGCGAGGGUCGUCCAGCACCAGGAAAUCUUCCAGCACUUGUUUGUCACCAUCGGGGGCAUGAGGGAGGAGAUGAGCAAACUGAACUUGCUGCUUCAGGAACUUGCAAAGGACACAGACAAAGUGAACCAGAUCCAUGUAUCAUUUCCGAAUGGCAAGCCCACGGAGGGAGCUGUCCACCAACAAAGUUCCGACCCGCAGGCGCCAGGGGGAUCGCAGCCCACGAAGAGAUCUCAUCCUCCCACUCAUCGGACUGCAGUCUCCACCCCCGCGGCAGUGGUUCGGAGACCACCGGCCAAUAACAAGAACACGAUCCGAGAAGAUGGCUGUGUCGGAACGCCGGUGAUGAUUGGCGGCCCCACCACCCACAAUCGCUACGGCCGGGCUCAAGGGGCCUGGAUGAAAGAUCCGGUCGUCCACCAGGAGCGAGUCUAUGUCGCCAACUAUUUCUUUGGGACCACACUGACAGAGUUUCGCAGCCUGGAGCAUUUCAAACUGGGUCGCUGGCUCAACACCUACAAGCUCCCAUACAGCUGGAUGGGGACAGGCCACGCUGUUUACAACGGCUCCUUCUACUACCACAAGGCGUACACACGCAGCAUCAUUCGCUACGACCUACGGAAGCGGGCGGCCGCCAGCUGGAGUUCGCUGGGUGACCUGACCAUCGGCCUGUCCACCCUGACCGGCUGGAAGGGCUACUCUGAGGUGGAUUUCACAGUGGACGAGGGCGGCCUUUGGGUCACUUACUUCUCCAAUGACUAUGGCUACCUCCCCGAGGAGGUCCUUGUCCUCAGCCGGCUGGACCCCAUCGACCUGACCACGAGGAAGGAGACCACCUGGAAAACCCGUGUCACACGGGCUUCCUAUGGGAACUCCUUCCUGAUAUGUGGCGUCCUGUACGCCAUGGACCUGGGGCACGGGGAAGGCACUGUCACCUACGCGUUUGACACCCACACGGGCUUUGAGUCAAACCCAGGGCUAAGGAUCCAAAGUGAGCACUCUCUCCUGACUCAGGUGGACUAUAACCCGGCAGACAAGCUGCUCUACACUUGGGACAACGGAUACCAAGCCACCUACAGUGUCAGAUUCGCCUUCUGAUCUGCAGCAUCCUGCCCCUCAGCCGGAACUUCAAACGGCCCAGACCCCAGACCAGCCUAUGGAUCCACAUCUCCUCAGUUCUGCCCCAACCGAUGGUCAGUUGUCCAUCAGAUCCAAUGUGGAUUUUUGAAGUUGAAAAGCCAUUUCACUGAGGCAUUUCCACUCUCUCCACUUCAGAAGCCUGGGUCCAGGGGUACGAGUAGUCUAACAACUGGGGGCUUACUUGUUUGCAGUGGAUGACCAUGACUUUUCUGUGCCUUCUCCUGCCCUUCGCUCUCCGUGGAGCUUUGCAGAGCCGCCUUCCUGGCCAUUGGAUCUCCCUGUUGGUCUCAUUCACCAGGUCCACUGGAGCUGACUUCUCGUGCUGGGACAGGGAUGUCCGGGGCAUGAGACCUGCCGGCUGCCCUCACCUGGUCCAGCCCUCCUGUCGGAGCAGUGUACCGGGGUGUGGCCGCAGUCACAGGCCACAGGUGAGAGCUGAGUGUCCAGUGGGGACCAUAGGUCAGUGAGCUGCCCUAGAAUGGUCCGGACAAGCUCAUGAGGAACUGCUCCUCGCUGGACACUCCAAUGGUGCAGUUAUCCAUUCCCUCACCCCUGCAUUUGCCUCUGCUCAUUGAGAAACUGGGACUGACAGCCUGUGUCUCAUAUUGGAGGUAAAACCUGAUGUCUAUUUUCAACGCUGGUCCAACACCCAAACACUUAGCGGGUCAGGCAGCAAGUGGCACGGUCCUGAUGAGAAGUAUCUGUGGAGGGAAAUUAACUGUCGACAUUUCAGUUCCUCCGGGGUUUUGUGUCUUGCUUCCCUUCCUUUUCCAUUCUUCCUCCAAUCCCUAUUCCCUAAUCCCCUCUCAGUCCUUUUCUUCCCUUCACCUGCCUAUCAUCUCUCCCAGGUUCCCCUCAUCCUUCCCUUUCUCCCAAGGCCACUCUCCUCUCCUAUCAGAUUCCUUCUCCAGCCCUUUACCUCUUCCACCUGUCACCUUACUUCAUCUCCCCUCACAUGGUCUCUAUCACCUGCCAGCUUGUCUUCCUUCCCCUCACCCCCUCAUCUUCUUCCCCCUUCCUUUCCAGUCCUGAUGAAGAAUCUUGGCCAGAAUCAUCGGCUGUUUAUUCUCCUCCAUAGAUGCUGCCUGGCCUGCUAAGUUCCUCCAGCUUUUUGUAUGUGUUGCUCAGGAUUUCCAGCAUCUGUGUUUAUGGAUCAACUACAGUCAAGUGCUUUGAAGAAUUCUGGAGGUACACAGGGGUACCAAAGAGAAAAUUAUUGCCGAGUUGCGUGGGUCAAAAGCCGAGCAAUGAGGCUGGCAAUGAGGCGGAGCCAAGAUAGAGUGGUCAUCACCUGACCUGCAAUGUAGAAUCCUAUCUCAGGGAUGGCUCGAGAUACUCUUCAAUAUGUUUGUAUCCCUCCACCCACCUCUCCCCAAACACUGUAUGAGAUCAGCAGUGAUAUCCAAUGGCCAGCAAGGUGGUUCUGCCCAUCAUGGAGAGCAAAUGGCAUGACAAGGGUAAGAUAAUCAUGUAUUCUUUCUGUGGGGGGAGAAAAGCUUACUUUGUGCUUUUUUGCUGAAUUCUUGUUUCUCUUUUAAAUGUUGGUGCUACAUUGUAGUUUAAUCUAGAGGAAGGCCCACACUUGUCCCACCAGAGAGACUGUUCUGCUUCGAAAGUGGAAAGUAGAGUUGCUUACAAUCACAAGGGGUUUGGACAGAGUUGAAGCGGAAUUGUAUCCAGUGCAGGUGGGACAGACGGGAGGAAGGUGAGAGCUUUCUUCACUCGGGGGCAACGUACCUUUAGAAUUCUGUACCCCGGAGAGGUCUGAGUGGUCAGUCACUGGCAACAUUCAACAGGCCCUUCCAGCCACGCGCUCCCAGCAACCCCACCCCUUCAACAAACCCAAUUAACCCUAAACUAACCACGGACAAUUUACAAAGACCAAUUAACUUACCUGGUGUGGUGGGAAGAAACCAGGGAAACUCGCGCAUUCCACGUGGAGGAGACAGAGACUCCUCACAGAGGGCGCUGGAAUUCAACUCUGAACUCUGGAACGCCCUGAGCAGUUACGCUGACUGCUGCACUGCCGUGCUGACCCCAGUGACUUGGCCCCAACCCGCCCCUCCUUGUAUCCACCAUUGCUGAGAACAAAAAUACUGGAUUCUGAAAUAAAGGGAAUAAACAUUGGGAAAAUGUUUGGAACAGGGAAGGGGAGGUUUCUUUAGCCAGUGACUGGUGAGUCUGCGGAAUUGCUACAGUUGACAGUGGAGACCAAGUCAUUCGGUAUAUUUACAGUGGUCUCGAUUAGGCAGGCUGUCAAUGGCUAUGAGGAGAAGGGAGGAGAAUGGGGUUGAGAGGGCCACAGGUAGUACAACGCUUUACGGUGCUGCUAAUCGCUGAUCGGGCUUUUUUUCCCUCUGCUGCCUGUAAGGACUUUGUCCAUUCUCCCCAUGUCUGUGUCGAUGUUUCAGGUCAAGACCCUUCCUCAGGUCUGGAAAUUGCCAGAAUAAGAACAUGGAGGAGAGGUCAGAG